UACAAUGCUUCCAGCGGGAAAUUUAUAUGCAGCAUCCCAGGUAUUUACUACUUCACUUACGACAUCACUUUGGCCAACAAACACUUGGCCAUUGGCUUGGUCCACAACGGGCAGUACCGGAUCAAAACUUUUGAUGCCAACACCGGGAACCACGAUGUUGCCUCUGGAUCAACCAUCCUUUCUCUGAAGGAGCAGGAUGAGGUGUGGCUUCAGAUCUUUUACUCAGAACAAAAUGGGCUUUUUUAUGAUCCUUACUGGACAGACA